AUGAUGAACAUGAAGAACAUCAUCAACAACAACAACGUAGUACCCUCGUAUAGGGGCAUUCCUUCACAGAGGACACCCUCUAAGGUUAGAACUAUUCCCAUUCACUUCGUGGGUUCAGAACGUAGUAGAGAGAAUUCUGCCAUCAAGAUCCAGAAGGUUCUGAGAGGGUUUUUUGUGAGGAAUGCGUUGAAGAGGAUCAUGGGGUUACGUGUUGAGUUGCAGAGUGUUGAGGCUAAGGUUUAUGCUUCAAUGGAGGUGAUUAAGAGGGACCAGAGGGAGAGAGUGAGGGUCAGCGAGACCAUCAUGAACUUGCUUUUGAAGCUUGAUUCGGUUAGGGUGCUGAGUUCUUGGUAUGGGGUUAGGGAAUGUAGGAAGAGUGUGAUUAAGAAGGCUAUUGCAUUGCAAGAGAUGGUUGAAUCAGAAUCUGCUUGUGUUGUUGAAGAAAAUGGGGUGGAGGAGAAUGAUGCUAUGGUGCAGGAAGAGGAGAAGGUGGUUGAAGUUUCUGAAGAGAAAGAGGAGGAGAAGAUGGAGGUUAUGGAUGAUGAUUCUGGAGCAGAUAUUAAGUGUGUUUCAGAAUCAUGCAUGAAUUCUUGUGUAGAAGAGAAAGAAGAGGAGAAAAUGGAAGAUUCUGGAGUUGAUAUUCAAUGUGUUUCAGAAUCAUACAAGAUAGAAGAGGAAGAGGAGGGUGAUGGGGAGAGAGAAGAGAGUGUAGGAACAAGUUUGGUUGAGGAGAAUGAGAAUAAUUGUGUGCAAAUUUUGCAGAACACCAUUGAGCCUUAUUACAAGUUAGCAUACAUAGUAUUCAGAAUAGGACUAGGUGAUGAUUAA